CUGGAGCUGGGGCACCGAGCCCAGGUCAGGAAGAAACCCACGGUGGAGGGCUUCACCCACGACUGGAUGGUGUUUGUCAGAGGGCCCGAGCACAGCAACAUUCAGCACUUUGUGGAGAAAGUCGUCUUCCACCUGCACGAGAGCUUCCCCAGGCCGAAAAGAGUGUGCAAGGAUCCACCCUACAAAGUUGAAGAAUCCGGGUAUGCUGGUUUCAUUUUACCAAUUGAGGUUUACUUCAAAAACAAGGAAGAACCUAAGAAAGUUCGAUUUGACUAUGACUUAUUCCUGCACCUUGAAGGCCACCCACCUGUAAAUCACCUCCGCUGUGAAAAGCUCACAUUCAACAACCCGACAGAGGAAUUCAGAAGAAAGCUGCUAAAGGCAGGAGGGAUCAUGGUAAUGUCGGAUGGCACAUCGUUCUCUUCAGGACAGAGCCUUCAUCUACCCAGCCUUCCCAGUAACUCCCUGUCUUUUUCUGAAGUGAAGAAGAAAUCAUCUCAUGGGCCAAAGGACCCGACUAGGAUUCUGAACACAAAUAGCAGCAGCAGCAGCAGUAGUAACUGUUUUUCAAAGAUACACAAGUUAACAAAGGAUCACAAGGAAAAAACUUCUAGAGACUCAAAAGAACAUAAAAGUGCCUUCAAAGAACUUUCCAGGGAACACAACAAAUCUUCCAAAGAAUCCUCUAAGAAACCCAAAGAAAACAAACCACUAAAAGAUGAAAAAAUAGUUCCUAAAAUAGCAUUCAAGGAACCCAAACCCAUAUCCAAGGAGCCAAAAUCUGAAAACACUGCCAUCCUUACCAUAACAGGUGGGCAGCAGCAAGAAAAGAAGACUCCCACAAAAAGGCCCUCUGUUCUGGACUGUGAUGAACCUUCUGCAAAAAAGAGAAAAAAAAGUGGUUCAGAUUCGUUUUUUAAAAGUUUUUCUAGUGCCCCACCACUGAUUCUUACUUGUUCAGCUGAAAAAAACCAGGCAAAGGAUAGAUCUCAACUCAAGGUGGGGAGAGUCAAAAUUGAAAAUGAUGCAUUGGAAAGGAAGACGCCUACCCUGCCACCAUUUGAUGAUAUUGUAGAUCCCAAUGAUUCUGACAUGGAGGAAAACAUGUCCUCCAAAUCUGAAUCUGAACAGCCCAGUCCUGCCAGUUCCAGCUCCAGUUCCAGUUCCAGUUUUAUACCAUCUCAAAACAGCAGACAACAAGGUCCAUUGAGGUCUAUAAUGAAAGAUCUGCAUUCAGAUGAUAAUGAAGAUGAAUCAGAUGAAGCAGAUGAGAAUGACAAUGAUUCUGAGUUGGAACGACCUGUAAAUACACAAGGAGGAAGCAGGAGUCGAAGGGUUAGUCUGAGUGAUGGCAGUGACAGUGACAGCAGUUCAGCUUCCUCACCACUACAUCAAGAACCAGCACCACCUUUACUGAAAACCACCAACAACCAGAUUUUAGAAGUGAAAAGUCCAAUAAAGCAAAACAAAUCUGAUAAACAAAUAAAAAAUGGGGAUUGUGAUAAGGCAUAUCUCGAUGAACUAGUAGAGCUCCACAGAAGAUUAAUGACAUUGAGAGAGAGACAUGUACUGCAGCAGAUAGUAAAUCUUAUAGAAGAAACUGGACACUUUCAUAUCACAAAUACAACCUUUGACUUUGAUCUUUGCUCACUGGACAAAACCACAGUCCGUAAACUACAGAGUUAUCUGGAAACAUCUGGAACCUCCUGAGGAUUCAGCAUCUGGCUGCAUCAAAAACUGUUCUUUAAAUGAAACAUUCAGAACGAUGCAACCAAAAUGGGGAGAAAAAAACAAAACAACCCUCUUCAGCUUUAUUUUUCCUUAAAGCCAGUCAUCAUCUCUUGAUAACGGAGAGGAAAAGUGACAAGACUCAGAGGACUGCUCUUCUCAAGAAGAAAAUGCUCUGGAAGAGUUUGCCUGGAUAGCCUUGAAAAACAAACACACAAAAACAAACAAAAAUACUUGGUCUUAAUGAAUGUGUAUGGUAUCAUGUAUCUCUCUCUGUGGUGUUCCAGUCCACAAGAUGAAUGCAUGUUCAACACACUGCCUUAUUACCUAACUGAUCUAUUUAUUAUUGCGUACAUGUAUUCUGAAGUCAAUGAGUCAUUGAAUGACACUACCAGACGUUGCAAGUAGUGGGGUCCCAUGUGUGCUCUUUUGAUGCAGUACUAUCACAAGCCUAGUGACCUUAUUCAUGUGAAAAUGCCACUUCUUGCUGUCUUUCUCUAGUCACUUAAAACACUAGUCUUGUUUCCACUUCUGCAGUUCCAGGAAACAAGAUACAAAGUUGGGGACCAAAAGCAGUCCUAUAUUUUGUAUCCUGUCUGCCACAGUGGGGUGGAUCACAGAAGGUUGGACUGCAGGUCCUUGGUUCUAUCCAUUUAUUGAUCUUGACCAUGGUAGAAACUGCACCAAAUAGGAUCAUAUGACUUGCUGUCUAGCCUUAGUGAGUAAACCAGUAGGACUUUUAACAAAAGAUUUUAUGUAUACUGUCCUGAAUCCAGCAUCUUCUGCAGUCUACAUUCUUGUGUCUGUUUUAAUGUUAUAAAGUUACA